CAGGCGGCGCGGGCCGGCUCUGGUCUGGCGAGCUGUGAGGCGCCGGCGCCCACGCUGCGCGGCGGCUCCGACCCAGCUCCCUGCGGCCCGCGCCCCUGUGUGUCGCGAGCGAGCGAGCGAGCGAGCGAGCGCGCUGCUGUGAACACUGCUUCGAGUGGGUGUCGUGACUUAAAAAUAGCUGGAAGCCGCAGCCGCGGCGGGAGCAUGGCCGCGGGGCUCUGCGCUCCCGCCCUCGGCCUCCGGGACGCCUGAGCCGCCCAGCAGCGGCUACCUGGUACCCAACCCCAUCUUCCCCGUGACCGCCCUGCAGCUGCCCCGGCUCCUCCAGUUCUACAAUGUGCCCCGGAAACUGGCUGUGGGCCUCCAUGACGUUCAUGGCCCGCUUCUCCAGGAGCAGCUCGAGGUCCCCUGUUCGCACCAGAGGGAGUCUGGAGGAGAUGCCACCCGUGCAGCAUCCCUUCCUCAACGUCUUUGAGCUGGAGCGGCUCCUGUACACGGGCAAGACAGCCUGUAACCAUGCUGAUGAGGUCUGGCCAGGCCUCUACCUUGGAGACCAGGACAUGGCCAACAACCGUCGGGAGCUGCGUCGCCUGGGCAUCACCCAUGUCCUCAACGCCUCACACAGCAGGUGGCGGGGCGUGCCUGAAGCCUAUGAGGGGCUGGGGAUCCGCUACCUGGGCGUGGAGGCCCAUGACUCCCCAGCCUUUGACAUGAGUAUCCACUUCCAGACAGCUGCCGACUUCAUCCAUCGGGCACUGAGCCAGCCAGGAGGCAAGAUCCUGGUGCACUGUGCCGUGGGAGUGAGCCGAUCCGCCACGCUGGUGCUUGCCUACCUCAUGCUGUACCACCGCUUCACCCUCGUGGAGGCCAUCAAGAAAGUCAAGGACCACCGAGGCAUCAUCCCCAACCGGGGCUUCCUGAGGCAGCUCCUGGCCCUGGACCGCAGGCUGCGGCAGGGUCUGGAGGCAUGAGCACAGUGGACAGGCGGUCAGGCCAGGCCCGGCCCGGGUGGGUCCCUGGCUCCACCUGGAGAAGAGAGGCCCAGGGGUCAGGUAGCAGAAAGCCCAAGGAGCCCAUGCUCCACCUCUUCUGGGGCCAAGCCCCGGGCCGCUGCUGCCCUCUGUGAGAGGGACGGGAGGUAAAGCUGGGCAGUGCCCAGGGGUGCUGACCAGGGAAGGAGGAGCCAGGCUGCAGGUAGAACAGUGUUCCCAGGGACACGCAGUCCUUUCCCCUCUUUGUGUCCAAGUGUUCUCCUCUUUCCCAUAUGAAAACCAAAGGGCCAUCUCCGACCUGUGCCCAGCAGUCAGUCAUAGACGCAGCAGCACAAAUGUGGUGGUGUGGGGUUGUGCUCAGACCACAGCAUAGAGACACACAGCCUGAGUGAUGUGAAAAGCCACAGAACCAGAGUGAGACUCCCCACAGGCUUGUUACAGCAGGGGUGUGCAGCUGGGCAGCACCCAGCAGUGCUGCAGGUGGCUGAAACAGUCACAGAGGUGCAUGACCAGCAAGUGUUGGUAUCUGGACAAAAAAUAAAGACUCUGGGGAAAACAA